AUGAGAACCAUGUAUCCUCCACAUGUCCCCACUGCCGUCUUCGGCCUCUCUGCUCUGGGCUCUUCCACACCUCUCGUCCCUCGUCAAUACCCAAUCAUCUGUACUGGCGCCGCCGGCGAAACAUCCAAUACUCAAGCCACCAUUGCCAUCGAAGCAUUCUUCGGUACAACCUGGGGUCAAGGCCAGCAGUCAUUCCAGGUCAACCCUUCGGGCUACAAACUCACCGUCGAGGGCGCGACAAUUGGCGUUGGCGUCACUCAAGCCGGUACAGGGGAGAGUCUGGACAUUGGCGUCCCAAAUUUGAUCAACUACUGGAACGCUAUUAAUGCCCAGUGCUCGGAGCAGACUGGAGGGUUAGCGUCUGGCUACGUUGUUCUAUCCGAGGAUAGUAAUUAUGCUGCAUACAUCAACUAA